AUGGCGGGCAAACAUAACACUUAUCGGUUAGGUGUUGAUGUAGGAGGAACUUUCACUGAUGCCUGCGCCUUCUCUCCGAACGGCAAAAUCUACAGAGCCAAAGUUCCAUCCACGCCACACGACCAAUCCAUCGGUGUGAAGAACAGCAUAGACAAAGUCAGAGCGGUAAUCGAGGCAGAGGAGUCUUUCAAGGGCAAGUUUGGUGCUCUCCACCAUGGCAGCACAGUCGCAACGAACGCUCUCCUCGAAGGCAAGGGUGUCCCGGCCGCGCUCAUCGUCACCGAAGGCCACAAAGACGUUCUGGUGGCGCGAAGAUCGCAAAUACCUGGAGGACUCGCAUCAUGGAUAAACUGGGAACCUCCUGCGCCUCUCAUCCCACUGGAGAGAACACUUCAAUGUCCCGAGAGGAUUGGUGUUGAUGGCAAAGAGGUCAAGCCUGUUGACAAGGAGGCUCUCAAGAAGGAGCUUCUCACUGUCAAGGGCAAGGUGCAAGCAGUCACCGUUAGCUUGCUCAACUCGUGGGUAUCCGGCGAACACGAGAAGCAAGUUGGCGAGAUCGUCAAAGAAGUGCUCGGCGACGACGUGGAGGUCUCCCUCUCGCAUGACGUCCUUCCCGAACUUGGCGAGUACGAGAGGACUGUCACCGCUGCCGCCAACUCUGUCGUGAAGCCAGAAGUCAAGCGAUAUAUGCGAGGACUUGGAGACAAACUCGGCGAAGACACACCUACAAUCCGCAUCCUGAAGAGUGAUGGCGGCUUGACGAACCUUGAGUUAGCUGGAGAGCUACCCGUCAACAUCCUGAUGUCUGGCCCUGCUGGUGGUGUACGAGGCAUCACUAGUAUCAUUGCAAACUCGACCGAGCACAAGAACUUGAUCACUCUGGACAUGGGUGGUACCUCCACCGAUGUAGCCCUCAUCGCCAACUCGCAGCCUUCCCUACGAAGAGAGACCAUGGUCGGCGACCUCGCAGUCCGCUCCCCAUCAGUCGACGUUCGAACCAUUGGAGCAGGUGGCGGCAGUCUGGCAUUCUUCUCCAAACUUACAAACACACUCCGUGUCGGUCCUGAGUCCUCAGGCGCAGUACCUGGUCCAGCAUGUUAUGGUCGUGGUGGCACACAAGCUACAGUCACCGACGCCAACCUCGUGCUCGGAUACUUGCCAGAGACCCUACUUGGCGGCGAGUUCAAGCUCGAUGUUGCAGCAGCGAAAGCAGCUGUCGGAACACUGGCAGAGGAAAUGGGCAAGACACUAUACGAGACGGCGGAAGCGAUCAUCGAUCUUGCUAAUGAGGCCAUCUACGGAGCCCUUCGCCUGGUAUCUGUCGAGCGCGGCCAUAAUCCAGCUGACUUUGCUCUCGUCGCUUUCGGAGGUGCUGGACCCAUGUGUGCCAACGGCGUUGGCAAGCUGCUUGGAGCAUGGCCAGUCAUCGUACCUGCAGCACCAGGUAUUCUCUGUGCCCAGGGCGAUGCAACUACCAAGAUGAGCCACGAAUUGUCUGUGUCGUUCAUCCAACUUCUCACGAGCACGACGAUGGAUACCUUGCGGGGCGAGUUUCACGGCCUGAAGGACAGAUGCGAGACCAUCAUGAAAGAGGCACUCGAUACCACGACCCCUGAGCUCAGUACCACCUAUGCCGCAGCUCUUCGCUACAAAGGUCAGGCUCUCGAGCUUGGGAUCACCCUUUCCGAAGACAAGCUCGCCCAGGACAUGGAGUCGUUUGAGAAGACGGCUAAGAAGAAGUUCGACAAGAUCCACGAGCAGCAGUUCAGCUACACCCUGGAGAACUUCCCAAUCGAACUGACCCGUCUGACCGUCACCGUCGUCGACGCCUCGCCCGACAUCGAGAUCCCUACCAUUCCCAAAGCUGACGCCGAGACUCCGCCUGAGACUGCCAUCAUCGAGAAGAAAACAAUCGUCGUCCAGGGCAAAGAGCAUGAAGCAACGGUUUGGAGCCGCGGAGCCAUCAGCAAGGCUGGCUACAAAGUCCAAGGCCCAGCUGUGAUCGUCGAGAUGGACAGCAAUACUCUCAUAGCUCCAGGCUUCGAGGGCGUCGUCGAUCAGGUCGGCAAUAUCUGCAUUUCCCCUAUGCCAGGCAAUGAGCUGCCGUCGUUCAAAUCGAAGUUUGAGAGUACCGUGUCUGAUAAGACGCAGGAGCAGAAGGAAGAAGAAGCCCGGAAGAUCGUCGAGGACAUCCCAACGGUGCCGACUCUCAUCGCCAGCUCCCUCGCAUCAAUCCGUGCCGAGAUGGAUACCCUCAUGCUUCGAUGUUCCAUGUCGCCAGCUAUUCGCGAGCAACAGGACGAGUUCAACGUCAUUACCAACCCAGCCGGCCAAAUGCUAGUCGGACAAUUUGGAUCGUUCAUAGGCCAAUUCCUAAAGAUCUGGAACUACAAGCUCAGCAAGAACGAAGUCGAGCCGAUCCAGGAGGGGGAUGUUUUCAUCACGAAUGACGUCUACGAAGUCGAAGGCGCCGUCUCCCAUCUCAACGACGUCAUCGUUCUCCUCCCCAUCUUCUACAACCACAAACUAGUAGGCUGGGCCGCCAACUUCGGCCACAUGACCGACGUACAAGGCCAAGUCCCCGGCAGCAUGUCCAUCAACGCGCAAACCAUCUUCGGCGACGGCCUCCAAAUCCCCACCAUGAAACUCUUCGAAGCGGGCAAGAUGAACCGCUCCCUCGUCGAGCUCAUGUGUCGCAACUCGCGCCAGCCGGAAUGGCUGCGCUCCGAUCUCCUCGCUCUCAUCUCCGCCUGUCGAACCGCCGCCACGAGGGUCUGCGAGCUCUGUGCAAGGUUCGGCACGAAGGUGUAUGCGGCGAGUACGGAUGUUCUGCUGUCGCGGACGAGGACCGCGGUGGCGAAGAUCAUCGAGGAGCAUAUGACGGAUGAGCAGAGUUCGUUUGUGGAUUUCGUGGACGAUGAUGGGCAUGGCAAGGGGCCUUUUGCGUUGAAGUGCACACUUACGAAGCCGGAGAAUGAUCGUCUCAAGUUCGAUUGGAGUGGGACGAGUCCCCAGGCCGGGAGUAGUAUCAACUACUACCUGAGCGAGACGAUGUUCAAAAUGUUCAUCGGCUACUACCUCCUCACCGUACACGCGCCCUACACAAUCCCCAACGACGGCUUCCACGAUCUCAUCGACGUGCACAUCCCCGCCGGCUCCCUCCUAAAACCCGUCCGCCCCGCCGCCCUCUCCUGCCGCACGCACUUCCUCGGCCGCACCAUGGACAUAAUGCAAGCGCUCUUCGGCCAAAAAUCCUCCGCCUUCCUCACCGCCGCCGGCUUCUCCGACUCCCCGCACUUCUUCUACUCCGGCUUCAAGCCCGACGGCUCCUGGUACCAGCUCUACCAGAUCGCGUUCGGCGGGGUCCCCGCGCGCCCGAAGGGCGACGGCCCGGAUUGCCAUUGUCUCUUCCCCGCGAUCAAGAGCGUGCCGACCGAGUCGAUUGAGCUGAACUUCCCCGUGAGGUUGGAGGUCAACGAGGCUGUCGCGGAUAGUGGAGGCGCGGGUUUCCAUCGCGGCGGGAAUGCCCAGCGGACGCUGUAUCGCUUCCUCUCCGCGGGGGAGUUCUCGCUGCAUGACGAUCGAUGGCUCACGAAACCCUGGGGCGUAAGGGGCGGCAAGCCCGGCGCGAGGAGCACGAAAGCGCUCAUUCGCGUGAAAGAUGGGAGUAGGACGCUCCUGCCGAGCAAGUGCGACCAUGUCAAAGUCUCUCCAGGGGAUCUUUUGGAAUGGCAGACCUGGGGCGGCGGCGGGCUGGGCGACCCCCUGACGCGGCCGGCGGAGACCGUCGCGCUGGAAGUGCGUCGGCGACUCGUGACGAUUGCCGGCGCGAAGGAGAACUACGGGGUGAUUAUUCAGCCGGAAACUUUGGAGGUAGAUGUAGCUGCGACGGAGACGUUGCGGGCGGAUGUCGAGAGGGCGGAGGCCGGGAAGGGGGAUGUGCCGCUGUAUGAUCGUGGGGGUACGAUGGAUGAGUUGAUUGCGCGGUGUAAGGAGGAGACGGGGUUCGAGCCGCCGACGCCGCAGUGGGAGGAGGAGAUUUAUGGGCCGCAUUGUGCGUUGCCGUAUGUGAAGGAGUGGUAUGCAAAGGGGAGGGAGGUUGGGUAUAAGAUGUGGGGGGUGUAG